AUGGCGUCGUUUGGAAUACGCAUGUGCAUGGCGCUUCAACACAGGGAGCGGAGACGUGUCAUAGUCAUUCUCUUCACGGCCAGUAUGCUGUGUUUCAUCUACUUGGCAACCAUCAACGUCAUUAUUUCAGACUCUGAAAUUAACUUACAUCUGAACGGUAAGGAUGAACUACAUUUGAAGUCCGUAUGGACGUACAAACAGGACGACGUUAAUCAUGUCAAGGAUGCCGAUAGUAGAAUGGCUCAGCCUGUAUUCAACUCCCAAACUACAAACCCUACCCAGUUUUUGUUGGAUCAACAACCCGACGAUGUGUCUGAAGAAGGAGAGUCCUCCAGUCGUCAUGUUUGGAAAAAAGAUCAGACACGUCCAAAUUCCAAGGCUAUCUAUAACUCCACAGCCUUCACCCGGAAGCUGAUUACGACCAUGACCUUUAACAACACGCUUGUUGUAGAUUGCAAGGAAUCGCCUUAUAUAGAAUGUGUUCCCCCAAAUCUGAAACCCACCCCUGGAAAAGUGUUCAAGAUUACUUACGACCCAGGUGGCUCCCUAAAUCUGAACUGGAUCUCACAAGCUGUAAGAUCAAUCAAUGCCAGGUUCGCGAGAAGACGGUGA